AUGGAUCCACAAAAUGGUGAAAUUUCACGUGCUAUGCGGAAUAGAAGUGUAGAAAUAUAUGUGAGUGAAGAACAGCAAUGGUACAAGCAUCCUUUGGAUGUGGCGACUGUGAUGUCGUCUCCAACGAAACACGUACCUCUUGAGGUCUCAAAAGCACUUUGUUCACUGUCUGCGGAGAAACAAUUGCACUUUGGUGCCCUGCUCAGUGAAUUGUCAGUGCCAGAAGCAUGUCGGAUGUUUGGUUUGAAAAACAUCGAUAGCAUGGUUGACACCCAGAAUAUCACUUUUGCUCCUUUUGAAAGGGAGAUAGGGACUGAGAGUUAUGAUUUGUGGUUAGCUAAAAUAUGGAAGGAGUGUAGCGGAACCGAUACCUCUUGUGCACUACUACUUGCAUUGCUAUCGACUUCAACAGCAGCGCUGAGAAAUAAUCUGUUUCAACGCGUUUUUGGCGAUAAUGGUGAGUGA